AUGUCGCAUUUUAAUAAUAAAGAAAAUAGGAAAGUAAUCUUACAACCUACGUUUCAAAGUCGUCCUGCGAAUUCGAGUGCACCAAAAGUAGGAACUUCAGUGAACCAAUUCAAACAGCCUCCUCUACCAACAAUUUCCAAAGCUCAAAAUCCAGCUCCACCAAUUCAGUCUAUCCUGAACAAAGCGAAAUUUUUCAACCCAGAUUCACUAGAAGAAAAUUCUCCCCCAGCUACAGCAUCAGCUGCAGAUGCACAAUUUAAAGUUCCAACGGUAGUCGUUAGUAAAACCAGACCAGAGGCCCCAAAAUCUGUACCAGGGUCUUCGCAGUCUUCAUCCGUAGUAUCGCAAAAAGCAGUCGUAACUUCCACCUCAUCGUCAAAUUCUGGAAAAAAAAUUUGGACUUUAGCAAAUUUUGACAUUGGUCGUCCUCUGGGUAAAGGAAAAUUUGGAAACGUUUAUCUUGCUCGAGAAAAAGAGACUAAAUUUGUGAUUGCACUGAAGGUGCUUUUCAAGAAACAGGUGCAUGCCCAAGGCAUUGAGCAUCAGGUUCGACGUGAAAUUGAGAUUCAAUCUCAUUUGCGCCAUCCUAACAUCCUGAGGAUGUAUGGAUAUUUUCAUGAUGAAACCAGAAUUUAUCUUAUCCUUGAGUACGCUCCCGGUGGCACACUAUUUAGCAAAUUGCAAACUAUACCGGGGAACAAAUUCCCAGAAAAGCAGUGUGCAAUCUAUAUAAACAUGCUUGUUUCGGCAUUAAUUUACCUUCAUGAGCGUAACGUCAUUCAUCGAGAUAUAAAACCAGAGAAUUUGCUGCUUGGUCAUGGUGGUGAAUUGAAAAUGGCUGAUUUCGGGUGGUCUGUACACGAGCCAACUUCGACACGGACAACAUUAUGCGGCACUUUAGAUUACUUAUCUCCUGAGAUGGUCCAAGGACAGCCACACACAAAAAAUGUCGAUCUAUGGAGUCUUGGAGUUUUAGCUUACGAAUUGCUGGUAGGUCAUGCACCAUUUCAUGCGGUCUCCUAUGAUGCAACCUACACGAAGAUCAUGAAGGUACGUUAUGAAAUGCCUUCCGGUGUGUCCCGUUCUGCAGCGCAUCUAAUUUCACGAUUGCUGGUCAGAGAUCCCGCACAACGAAUGCCAUUAGAGCAAGUUAACAAGCAUCCGUGGAUUUUAUUGCACGUCGAUCAGCCAAGAAAUUGA